AUGUCGAACCAUUUUUAUAGCCGCUCUAGCAACGGGUUGUCUGAUUCCUCCACUACGCCAGGACCUGUUGCCCAUUCUCCCGAAGAGUUAUUCCUGUGCAUGUGGGGUUAUCCGCACGGGUUACACUGCGACGACUUGAUUCGUGGUACCGAUCUGCAUAAUCACCUACGUGAAACUCACGAAAUUCGCGGAAAAGAGAGCGCGCGCGCCGAGUGCAGAUGGAACCAUUGUGGUCGGGAGUUCAACAUUGGGAGCCUUUGCGAGCAUGUGGAAGAAAUGCACAUGGGGAUUGCAUACUUCUGCGACUGCGGCAGCAAGUUCUCGCGCAGGGACACUCUUAGCAAUCAUAAGAAGAAUUGCUCGGGUCAGCGGUCCGGAACAGCCCAAUCGGUACCUACUAAUGUACGCAACUUGCCUGCAACUGCCGGUGACCCUAAAAAUUUUUCGGAAGCACAGAGGCCCGAUGGUCUCUAA